GAAAGUCAAAUGGGCGGGCCUGGAAAAAGGAAAAGUACCCCAGAAAAAGCCCGACCCGACGUAGCCCGAGUCAAACCCGGCCCGAUUCAAGAGAGUCCAAUUUGGGCAGGGGGAGUCGCGAGCACGAUCAGCCUCGAUAUACUCUCUCUCUCUCUCGGCUAAGUCGGCUUGCUUCGCUCGCUCUACCAUGGCGUCCGCAUCAGCAGCAGCAGCAGCUCCGUCGAAGCCAGAAGUCUUGACUCUGUUUCGGUCUCUGCUACGCACGGCACGCGAGUUCUGCGACUACAAUGUGCGAGAAUACGUGAGGCGGCGGACCAUCGACGGAUUUCGCCACAACAAGGACCUCGCCGAUCCGUCGGCGAUCUCCGCCGCUUUCUCCGACGGGAAGAGCCAGCUGGAGGUCGCGAAGAGGCAGGCCGUCGUUUACUCUCUCUACGCUCCCGAGGUCAAGAGCGUCAUGGAGCUCAAGCGCUGAAAUCGAAGGCUCUCGUACGCUUUUCUCCAUUGGGUCGUCCUCUGGCGAGUCUUUUUGCUAGGGUUCUGUUCGGCGUGGCGUUCCGGGUAAAUGACUAGUAUGAGAAGGAGUUCUAUCUUGUAUUAUAUUGCGGUAUUGAGGAUUGAACAGCAUAGUGGUAUCCGCAGUUCAGCUUAAUUAAUGGUGAAAUCAAUAGUUUUGCGA